UCUGCUCGUGUUAACUUUUUUUUUCUUCUGUGUGUUUAUGGAAUUUCAGGGUCAUUUAGAAACAUUUCAAAGCGAGCGAAGCUGUGUUUGUGUGAGAGAGAUGCGAAAAAGAAACCAUUAAUUCCUGUACGGGAGGGUGGGUGACACAAAGUGAGUGAAGGAGAAAGCGGAUUUGCUUCUACAGAAUCUGUGGAUGCGAGCGCUAGGAAAAGGAGCAGAAGCUUCCAUCCUGGCUGGAGGGUCGUGUGAGGGGGUUUUGACAAUAGGUGCGUGCGGCUUUGGGGCGUCUUGCGGCGGAGGAGACUGCGGGGAAACUUUUCCAUCUGACCUCUGUAGCUCCUUUUUCUCCCCUCAAAGUGGCUUCUGGAAGUGAGGAAAUGUGAAGAAGCUUAAAGUAUGGCAUGCGAAGAUGUUUUCUGCCAAUACGAUGGCGACGGUGUUCUCCGUUUGUAUUUUUAUGAGUCUCGUCUACUUUUUCUCUUUGGCGACUUGUUUAAAGAGCACCACAGGACAAACAAGGAAGGAUGAAAGGAUUUAUCCGGAAAAUUUUACGCGGAUUUUAGACCGACUUUUGGAUGGUUAUGACAACAGACUCAGACCUGGAUUUGGAGGUCCCGUCACUGAGGUCAAGACAGACAUUUAUGUGACAAGUUUUGGUCCUGUCUCAGAUGUUGAAAUGACGUGGGUGGACCGCAGAUUGAUUUAUGAGGGCCCCAUUGAGAUUUUAAGGCUGAACAACUUGAUGGUGACCAAAGUUUGGACACCAGACACUUUCUUCAGGAACGGCAAGAAGUCAGUGGCCCACAACAUGACAGCACCCAACAAACUGUUCCGUAUCAUGAAGAAUGGGACUAUACUAUACACCAUGAGGUCCUGUGCCCACAUUCAUCAUGAGCAAAUUACAUUGAGACAAACCUUUAUGAGAUUGACAAUUAGUGCAGAAUGUCCCAUGAAGCUUGUGGAUUUCCCCAUGGAUGGACAUGCGUGCCCCCUCAAGUUUGGGAGCUAUGCCUAUCCAAAAACAGAGAUGAUCUAUACUUGGACCAAAGGGCCCGAGCACUCAGUGGAGGUCCCUCCUGAGUCAUCUAGCUUGGUUCAGUAUGAUCUCAUCGGCCAGACGGUCUCCAGUGAAACCAUUAAAUCCAUCACAGGUGAAUAUGUGGUGAUGACGGUCUUCUUCCACUUGAAACGGAAAAUGGGCUACUUCAUGAUUCAGACAUAUAUCCCCUGCAUAAUGACAGUAAUCCUCUCCCAAGUGUCCUUCUGGAUAAAUAAAGAGUCGGUUCCGGCGCGCACAGUUUUUGGCAUCACCACCGUGCUGACCAUGACGACGCUCAGCAUCAGCGCUCGCCACUCCCUCCCCAAAGUGUCGUAUGCCACUGCUAUGGAUUGGUUUAUCGCGGUCUGCUUCGCCUUCGUCUUCUCUGCCCUCAUUGAGUUUGCCGCUGUCAACUACUUCACCAAUGCGGAGAACGAGCGGGCCAAAAAGAAGCCGGGCAAAUGCCCUCCUGUUCCCCAAAGCACGCCAGUCAAGGUCAAAGACACAGAAGAAGUGCUGCAGCAAAAUCCGGACACAAAUGGUAACCUGAGGAAGCGGAUGAAUUACAUUUCUCACCAAGACAUGAAUCACCAGAAAGCCCAAUCCACGAGCAACAUUUCAGGAGUGGGUAGGCCUCGACCGCUUAGACCUUUGAACAGUAGCGUCAACGGCAGCUCCUCCACCCUCUCCCGCUCCAGUCCCAAAUCCGAGAGCGUGCUCAGUGUGAAUUCCUCGUCUGAAGACAAACAGCUUGUGAAAAACACGCCUCAGGCUGCGGCUUCCACACCAGACGUGACGGCGGUGACGCCGUGCGGGCAAAACACCGCCUCCGCUUCCCUGCAGCAUCUGCUGGGGCCCAAAUUGGAGCGCCUCCAGAUGAUGGGCAACAAAGUGGAGCUAAAACAGACUCCGUGCUCCCAGCCCACCACUGCCGGGAUGGGCGGAACCAGCAAAAUCGACAAGUAUGCUCGGAUCCUCUUCCCAGUGUCCUUUGGGGCAUUUAACAUGGUGUACUGGGUGGUUUACUUAUCCAAGGACACCAUGGUGGCUAAGGGAGGCUAAAUCCUGGCAACAAGCACGAGGCAUUGUUUUGUCUCACAGAUGGGAAGCAAAUAAGGAAUAUUGGCAAUGUGAGGAAUAUGCUGCCAAAAUCAGAACACAAGUACCUUCAUAUAGUAAAACUAGCUCACUGGAUUAUGAUUUUCUCCUAUUUUUAUCAUGCUUAAUGUGUAUUCAAAGCUCUUCACCAGCCACCACUGCAGUAUGAAACAGCGCAUGAGAUUGACUAUUUUUCUAUCCUGUAUACGGCAAUUUGCGUGAAUGUGUGCACUGCCAUUAUAAAACUGUACACAUGUACAUAGAUUUAUUUAUACUAAUUUAUUUGGUUAAUUGCAAUGUACUGACUCUUGGUUAUUAAGACCUUGUUAACUCAUUGUCUGCCAGUGACAAUAAUAGAUAUCAUUCAAACUGGGAGGACUGGCUGUGAAUGCUUAUCUUUCAAUGCCAAACGUCCAAUCCGUUGUGACUGGGAGGGGUGAAUGAACAUUUUUUUUUAUUCGUCAAUGAGUUAUUGGUAUGAAGGAAGUCCUUUAUCAUGCAGGUGUAUAGUGUCGAGGCGUCAAGAAUUAGCCAUGAACUCUGGUGAAGAAACUGGAAUUCGAGUGAAGAAGAUGUGGAUUUUAAAAUGCAAAAAAAAAAAAAAAGGAACUUUGAUCUCAUCUUGAUCAUCAAGCCUCUUGUACAGCACUUAAUCACCAAGCAACAAUCUUAUACAAGAUGGAUGAAUUCAAUCUGUGUAUAGCAAGGCACUUGAAAAUAACUAUUGGGGAAUCAAGCAAACAUGUAAGUGGUUAAAUAGCGCAGAAAGAUGCUUUCUGGCUAGUCGAUCACUGCAACAAUAAAGUUGUUAGCGGAGAGGGAGCUGAAUCUUUUGAAUUUAUUGAAAAUUCUGUCAUAACAGAUA